UUUUGUAUCACUCAGAGCCUAUCUCAUCGAUAAGAGAUAAUAGAAAGACAAAAAAUACCCCCCCCCCUUUCAGAGAGAAAAAAAAAGACAAUAACUGUGAUUAAGAGUGCGUCCUGAAAAAUGCCGGGGUGGGUGGGGCUUGCGGUGGGCGUGGCCUUAGUGUUGGGGGUGGGGCUCCCAGCUGUCUCCGCCCAGAGUCGUCAGCAGGACGCCUGCAACUGCAACGGCUACUCCAACCGCUGCUACUUCGACCAGGACCUGUACGACCAGACGGGUCACGGAGGUCACUGCCUGGACUGCGCCGCCAACCGCGCGGGACCCAACUGCGAGCGCUGCCGUGACAACUACUACGAGAGAGAAGAUGGCGUCUGCAUCCCGUGCAACUGCAACGAGAUCGGUUCGCGCAGUCUGCAGUGUGCGAGUGACGGCCUGUGUCAGUGCAAGCCGGGAGUGACAGGAGAAAAGUGUGACAAAUGCGCUGACAACUAUUUCGAUUUUGGACCCCAGGAUAGAGUGUUUGGAUUGGAGGGUUGCAAGCCAUGCGGAUGUAAUGUAGCUGGUAGCCGCAACAACGAGGCAAGCUGCGACCCAACAUCUGGAGUGUGUCUUUGCAAGCAGCACGUGGAAGGGCAGCAGUGUGACCAGUGCAAGCCGGGUUACUUCAACCUGGACUUGGAGAAUGAGUUUGGCUGCACACCAUGCUUCUGCUAUGGGCACUCGUCUAUUUGUUCCUCGGCCAGCGGAUACUCCCAGAGCGUUAUUGAGAGUGGUUUUGUGCGCGGUGAGGAACGCUGGCGUGCAGAGGAUGGAACAGGGCGGUCAAUCUCCAUGAACUACAACCCAGUUGCACAGAGCCUCGCCGUCUCCUCUUCAGGAAGGGAAAAGAUCUACUUCUUGGCACCAGAUCGUUUCUUGGGUGAUCAGCGUGCCAGUUACAACCACGAGUUGAGUUUCCUGCUGCGUGUGGGUGAGCUCGGACCCCAAGCCAGUACAGAAGACAUUAUCUUGGAAGGAGCCGGUCUUAGCAUCUCUGCUCCUAUUUUCGCUCAGGGCAAUCCACUUCCUAGCACACAGAAACAAGAGUAUAUUUUCCGGCUACAUGAAGACUCCCAGUUUGGUUGGUCCCCACGCCUUUCAUCAAGGGACUUCAUGUCUCUCCUGUCUAAUCUCACAGCAAUUAAAAUCCGCGGCACUUACACUUAUGAAGGUCAUGGAUUUUUGGAUGAUGUCAAGAUUCAGACUGCAAGAAGGGGUUUGUUCGGAGAACCUGCAACCUGGAUUGAAAUGUGCACAUGUCCUGAAGGCUAUGUGGGCCAGUUCUGUGAGUCUUGUGCACCUGGAUUCCGACAUUUACCCGCCAAUGGUGGGCCUUUUGCCUCCUGCAUUCCCUGUGACUGCAACAACCAUGCAGACAUCUGUGAUUCUGAGACUGGACGCUGCAUCUGCCAAGACAACACUGCUGGAGACCAGUGUGAACGCUGUGCUAAGGGUUAUUAUGGUAAUGCCCUUCAUGGUACCAACAAUGAUUGUCAGCCAUGUCCUUGCCCCAACGGAGGUGCCUGUAUCCAGUUACCUGAUGAUACAGUUGUGUGUCUGGAGUGCCCUAAGGGAUAUGCAGGUCCUCGCUGUGAGCUCUGUACGGACGGUUUCUUCGGGGACCCCAAGGGACGUCAUGGGCCCCCUCGGCCAUGUGAACGUUGUGAUUGCAAUGGCAACAUUGAUCCAAAUGCUGUGGCCAAUUGUAAUCGGACAACUGGUGAAUGUCUCAAGUGUAUCUACAACACUGGAGGAUUUUACUGUGACCAAUGUUUACCAGGCUUCUUUGGAGAUGCUCUGGCACUACCAAAGGGAGAUUGUCGUCCAUGUCGAUGCAACCCAUAUGGCACAGUGAGUGAGCGUUAUGGCCCACCAGUCUGCGACCAACUGAAUGGACAGUGCCAGUGUAAGCCCCAUGUCAUAGGACUUAAGUGUGACCAAUGUGAGCCUGGAUUCUGGAACCUUACCAGUGGUGUGGGAUGUGAACCAUGCAACUGUGACCCUGUAGGAGCACUCAACGGGACUUGCAACACAGACUAUGGCCAGUGUGUCUGCCGCAUUGGAGUCACAGGACGCAAGUGUGAUAUGUGUGAACCCUUCCAUUACGGCUUCUCACUUGAUGGAUGCAAGCCCUGUGACUGUGACCAGAUUGGCUCUGUUUCCCUGCAGUGUGAUGCCACAGGCCAGUGCCCGUGCCGAGAAAAUGUGGAAGGCCGAAGAUGUGACCGUUGCCGAGAGAACACCUAUGAUAAACAGGCUGGAUGUAGAGACUGCCCUGCUUGCUACAACCUGGUACUGGACAGUGUGAGUGUCCACCGUGAGCGAUUGGCUGAGCUGGAGCGCCUCCUAGCAGACAUUGUAAGCAACCCAACUGUGCUCAAUGAUGAAGACUUUGAAGAAACGCUGUCGACUGUCAUGACCCAAGUUGACCAGCUUUGGGAAGAUGCACGGGAAGCAGCCAAAUCUGGUGGAGACAAGACAGUGGCACAGCACAUUGAGGAACUGGAAGAACGCAUCAAUGGUGUCAAAGAGGUUUUGAUGAGCAUACGACAGGCAGUUGGCCGUGGCUCAGAUCUGGCAACACUUGGAAAGCUAAACAUUACACAGGCUGAAGAUAUUAUCAAAAGAGCACGAGAAGCCCUUACAAAUGCACAGAUCUAUUUGGAUGUCCAGGGCAAUGAUGCUCUAAGCAAGGCUUUUGACCGCUCCAACCAGUUUGGACAACAGUCAGAGCGCAUGUCCAAGAUUGCUCGGGAAGCUCGUCUCUUAGCGGAUGAGCAGGAGGAUGAUGCUACAAGUAUUGAAGUUUUGGCUUAUAAUGCUCGUAAUACUUCUAAUGAUGCCUUUGAGCUUGCACGUAAGGCUAUGGAUGACCAAAGAAAUAUUACAGAUUUCAUUAAGAAACUUAAUGAUGAUGUGCAAGGCCUGUCAUCUCUCCAUGACAGUACCAUGAGGACUGCCAAUGAAUCUCUACAACAAGCUAAAUUGACAUACAGAGAAGCCUUGGAAAUCAACACAGAGGCUUCUAGCAUUGCCAUUCCACCCAUUGAUACUAGUGUGCUGAAAGCUCAAGCUGUGGCCAUCAUCAACGAGGCAGAGAGAAUUAAGCAGGAUACCGAGGGAUUGAUUGAUGAGAGAAGUGCCCUUAUAACUGACAUUGAAGUACAGCUUGAGGUAACGUCAGAUCUGGUAGAGCGUGGUUGGAUCGAGCAGCAAAUAACCACAGAGCUCUUAGCCGACACUUUCACUGCAGAGGGAAAAGCUAAAGAAGCAAGAGCAAAAGCAGAGCAGACCUUAUCUGAAGCUCUUGAAACUCUUGCUAUCCUGGAAGGAUUUGACAAGCAAGUUCAGGAGAGCCGUCUGAAAGCAGAAGCUACUCUAGAAACUGUGGGAGAGAUUGAAGCCCUUAUUGUUGAAGCUGAGACACAAACUAAGGAGGCUGAGGAAGCACUUAUGGGGGCAGAGUCUGAUGCUAAGGAUGCUCGGGACAUUGCCAAGGAUGCCCAGAGCACAGCAGAAGAUGCAAGCAAUCAGGCAGGAGAUGUCCGCACCAAGGCAGAUGCUACUAAGAAUGAAGCCAGCACACUGAACGACAUGGCAGAUGAGUUGGCUGGGAGAGUUGCAGAAACAGAUGCUCGUGUGAGCACCUUUGAGGCUCAGGCUUUGCAAGAUGAACAGCAGGUUAUGGAAGCUCAAGAGAAAGCUAACCAGGCAAAGGACAGGGCAGAUGAAGCCAGUUCUAGAGUCCGUGAAGCAUAUGAGUUUGUACAGGAAAUUUUGGAUAUCUUGGAACGAUCUCCAGACUUAGACCCAGAACAGUUGGAGUCUCUAGAAUUGCGUCUGGAAGAGGCAUGGCAAAUGUACCAUCAAAGUGGAAUUGAGUCCACAGUCACCGAAUUAUCUGAAUCCCGCAGCUGGCAGGAACGCCAGAUUUCACUCUAUGAAGAGGAAAUUAGGCGACUAAGAAUUGAAGUUCAAAAUAUCUUUGAGAUUAAGAUCUCCCUUCCAGAUGGCUGCUACAGUCAGACCAAAUUGGAACCUUAAAGUCAAUAACCCUUUGUAAAUUACGUUCAAUAGACUCCAGCUUUGCCAUUUUGGCUUGAAUGGAGUGCCCUGUAACAUCUAGUAACACACCUAACCACAGAGCAGCUUUUGAGUUGAGUCAGGUUGGUUGGACAAAGAGUACCAAGUUAGUGACUAGUCUUACAUGACAUUUUGCUUUGAAAGAAUUUUUUUCAUUUUUUUUAUCAGUCCAUGUGUUUUGUGCAUAGAUUUUGGGGAGCUAUGAUGCAUAUACCUAAAAAAAAUACUUGAACCUUUGCUACUGACUGCCAUUUUGUAGUGAAUUUGUAAAAACAGGUUGGAAAUUAACAAAAAAUGAGUCAAUAUUUUUUAUGACAGUGUUCAUUAGCAUAAGAAUUAGAUUUUAAGGUACUUAAAAUUUAAAACCCACACAAUUUGCUAUGUUAUUUCAAGUGAUAAAAUUUUGCGUGUGGAAGUGUAGGAUGUAAAUUAUAGUCUAGCCGUGUGGAAUAAUGUGUAUUAUUACCAUUUGGUGUGCUUUUGUAAAGAAAAAAGUCAAGACUUACUUUACAGUAAUAAAGAUUAAUACAGUUGGUAUACUUAUGUUAAAAGUCCAAAAAAAUGAUGACAUUAACUUGACAUAAUUUUAAUCUUUUUUUUUUUUUCUUCUUCUUUUUCUUUUAUUAAAGAGGAAUAUUCAGUGUGUGUCAAUUUAUGCCAUGAGUUCACAAAGAGCUCACUCAGCCUACAGAGUCAACCAAAGAUAUUACGAGAUUAGAACUCAUGAUGUGACUACAAUUGUCUUCUCUUAUUUUAUGAUGAUAAAACUGCCAACAGACAGUGAAUUGUGAUGUUAUUUCAAAAGUGCCAAUUUUAUUGUAGAAUUUAGAAAUAAAUUUUUGGAAAAAGUUG